AUGACGGUGAGGAUGGGGGUGAGGAUACAGAUGAGUGAGAAGAGGAUGGUGAGGAUGAGGAUGACGGUGAGGAUGAUGAUGGCUGUCUACAAGGCCUGGCUGUGCUCUGAGUACUUCAACGUGACCCAACAACAGUGCCGACAGCGGAUCCCAUGCAAGCAAUACUGCCUGGAGGUGCAGACCAGGUGCCCCUUUGUGUUACCGGACAAUGACGAGCUGAUCUAUGGAGGUUUGCCUGGCUUCAUCUGUACGGGGCUGCUGGAGAACCAGCUGCCCGAUGAGGAGGCCAAGUGCUGCGAGGUGCAAUGGGACUCCUGCGACCACCCCCCAGACAGCAACGACAACACAUCCCCCAAAUCCACGGCGUCAGAGUCACUCCAUUUCCACCGCCACGACCCCCACGUCCAUCACCAGCAGCAGAACCACUACCAUCUCUACCACCACCACCAGUACCACCAGUACCACCAGCCCCGCUCCCCGUCCUUGCUGCCGGUCUCCGCAGGGUCUCGCCUCGGCAGCAGCAGGAUCAGACUGUGCGUGCUGGUCCUGAUGCUUCUCCACACCAUGGUGUCCUUCUCGAGCGUGCACGGCGGCGGCGCGGCCGGGGGGCUUGGCCUGGAGGCCCUGCCCGCCCUGGAGGAGAGCGUGGCACCGGACGAGUGACACGGAGGGCAGGGCCGACCUCCACUGAGAACGCCAGAUCUUUUUCCACUAAGGGGGGCACAUGCUAUUCCUCCAAUGGGAGGCACGGGAUUGGGGGUGACGCACACACACCCCCCAAGAGCUGCUCGCGCGGGGCAUCCCCGUGAUGAAGAGUCUCUAACGCGCACAGGGCUGCGGGACCCGGCCGCUGAGAAGGGUUCGCCUAGUUUACACCGAUCUGAGAACUUGGACAUGGAGCAGUUCCACGAAGAGGGAUCCGAGCCCUCGGAUUGCCGUGAGCAGUGUCCUGUGGAGCUGCUCUGUUGAGGAGCAAAAGCUCCCAGGCAGGCCAGGGGAGGGAGCACAGCCCCAUCCCUGCCUCCAGACAGCCACAUCCUGGAGGAAAUUAGAUUUCUCAUGUCCUGCCAAGAGUUAAGCUGAUUCCAGGCGCCUCUCUCGGAGAUAGGCUCCGUCCAAUCUCGGAGCGACUCGUGUGGAGAGAGAACAGCCCCGUGUGGUGUGUCAGAGUGGCCCUGAGUCACUGGCCCUGCUCGCUGUGUGCUGGGACACUGAGCAGCGCCAGGAGCGCGGGGUGGCCCCGGCUCGGUCCCUGCACCACGUCCAGAUCCCAGAUCUGGCCCAGGGACUAUCCGGAGGGAUGUGUGUCCUUCUCCCUGCCCCUUCUCCCCUGUGCCCUGCUGGCAAUGGAGCGUCCGGCUGGGCUUGGGGGCUUCUAGGGGCACCGAGGUUUGGUGAUGGGGAUUUGGGUUUCCCAGAGAAGCUGUGGCUGCCCCAUCCCUGGAAGUGUUCAGGUUGGAGCAACCUGAGAUAGUGGAAGGUGUCCCUGCCUAUGGCAGGGAGUGGAACAAGAUGAGCUUUAAGGUCCUUUCCAACCAAAACGCAAUCCUAUGAUUACAUGAUUUCCACAGGGCUGCAGGAG